AUGGAAAAAAAAGUCUUGGAAGGUAGUGAUCUCGAAGUUUCGGUUUCACGCCCAAUAGAGAAAAGAGGUUUAGAAGAAGUGAAUCAAGAAGAUGUUGCUCCCAAAAAUAUAAUCGAUAAGUUAGGUCUUAGAUUUAAUGCGGAAAUUCGUGGUGUUGAAAGAGUUCCUGAAGAUCAGCGCCUGAAAGGUUCCAUGCUCACUCCAUUCUUUAUUUACGCCUCUCCAAAUUUGGCUAUUGCUGCACUCUCAACUGGUGCAUUAGGAACAGCCUCAUUUGGGUUGGAUUUUUGGACUUGUACGAUCGUUAUCAUAAUAUGGUCGUUUAUAGGUGCUCUUCCAGUGGGACUAUUCGCAGUCUUUGGUAUGAAAUUUGGUUUGAGACAACAAAUUUUAUCUAGAUACUUCACUGGUAACAUCAUGGGUAGAGUCUUCGCCUUGUUCAAUGUCAUUAGUUGCAUUGGAUGGAACGCAAUUAAUAUCAUCCCAUCUGUUGAACUCUUAGCACAAUUGGGACCAUUACCACCAUGGGCAGGGUGUCUUAUAUUCGUUGUUAUCACUUGCGUUAUUGCAAUGUGGGGUUACAAAUACAUCCAUUUGUAUGAAAGGUACUCUGGGAUCCCAAAUUUCAUCAUAUACUUGGUUAUUAUUGCAAGAUUGACAAUGCUGAAAAACUUCACUUUUGGUACUAUGGGUAAGGGAACCGCUGAAGCGGGAAACGUCUUGACAUUUAUUGCACUCAUAUUCGGAUUUGUUGCAGGUUGGUGCCCUUCUGCAGCGGAUUUUAUGGUCUAUUUACCUUCCAAUACCAAGAGUUGGAAAGUCUUCUGGCCCAUGGUUUUUGGGUUAUCUUUACCUUCGAUGUUUGCCUUAAUCUUAGGAGCAGCAUGUGGUCUGGCUACUGCAACUGAUCCAGAUUGGGCUGAUGCAUUUGAGUCCGAUUCAAUUGGUGGAUUAGUAUACGCCAUCUUAGUUCCAAACAGUUUACAUGGAUUCGGGAAAUUUUGCUGUGUUAUCUUGGCCCUUUCAGGAGUGGCUAAUAAUUUACCGGGUUCUUACUCUUUGUCUUUAGCAAUUCAAGCUGUUUGGUCACCAUUGGCUAAAUUUCCAAGAAUUGGUUGGUGUUUCGUAGGAAACUUCUUAUCGUUAGCACUUUCCAUCCCAGCCUACUACAAGUUUCUGGCAACAAUGUCGAAUUUCCUCUCUAUUAUUGGAUACAACGUCUCGAUUUAUAUUGGUAUCUCAUUAUCGGAAAUUUUAGUUAUAAGAAGAAGCUGGAGUGCCUAUGAUUUUUCCAAUUUUGAUGACGGAUCUACCGUCCCCAUAGGAAUUGCUGGUGUGUUCACAUUCUGCUGUGGGGUUGCAACCACAGUGCUCAGUAUGAAUCAAACGUGGUACCUGGGAGUUAUUUCACAAAAAUUCGGAGAGUACGGAGGUGAAGUUUCAUUUGAAUUGAAUAUUGUUGCUUGCUUCAUAAUUUAUUCAAUAGUUAGGCCAAUUGAAAAGAAAUAUUUCAAAAGAUAG